CCCUUCCCCACAAGCCACUACCCAUACCUCUUAAAAAACCCUUUUUAGUAAGACUGUUGAGAGUCUCUGCAUCAAAACCACAAGGUUAAGACCCAUAAAUCCUUGUAACAUUUUAGCCUUAGAUUUCUCUCAAAGAAAAAAAAAAAGAAAAGGAAAAUCCCAGUAGUUAAGAUGGCAUCCACUUCUUUUUUAGCUUUUCCUUCUCUGCAACCAAAGUUCCAAUCUUCAAGAAAAUCAUCAAAGCCCUCCACGCGUCGAUUUAUUGUCCGUCCGAUCACUGCCUCUGUGUCGGAAAAGCCAUCUGUGUCGGUUCCACCGGCCACGGUGGUGGCACAACCUGAACCCACCAAACUUCCAAUAAAAAAAAUCCCGGGAAACUAUGGUCUCCCUUUUGUCGGUCCAAUCAGAGAUCGAUUUGAUUAUUUCUAUAACCAAGGCCGUGAUGAAUAUUUCAAGUCUCGAGUCCAGAAGUACCAGUCAACGGUGUUCAGAGCCAACAUGCCACCGGGUCCUCUCAUCGCUUCCAACCCAAACGUCGUCGUUUUGCUCGACGGGAAAAGCUUUCCCGUGUUGUUCGACGUGACAAAGGUCGAAAAGAAAGACCUUUUCACUGGUACUUUCAUGCCCUCCACAGAACUCACCGGUGGUUACAGAGUCCUCUCUUAUCUCGACCCAUCAGAGCCAAACCACGGCAAGCUCAAGCGCCUCUUGUUCUUUCACCUCAAGGCUCGUCGAGACCAUAUUAUCCCUGAGUUUCAUUCGAGCUACACCGAGCUCUUUGAGGGCCUCGAGAAUGAACUCGCUACAAAAGGAAAAGCUGCUUUUGGAGAGCCAAGUGACUUGGCUGCGUUUAACUUUUUGGCUCGAUCUCUGUAUGGGACUAACCCAGUUGAUACCAAGCUUGGACUCGAUGCGCCAAAGAUGAUCGGCAAGUGGCUUUUGGUACAGCUUAGCCCACUGUUCACUCUCGGUCUUCCAAAGCAUCUCGAUGAUCUUCUUCUUCGCACAGUUCGUCUCCCUCCAGCUUUGGUCAAAGCUGAUUAUCAAAAGCUAUACGAUUUCUUCUACGCGUCCUCAGGGUUCGUUCUCGACGAGGCUGAAAGGCUAGGCAUUUCGAGAGAAGAAGCUUGCCAUAACUUGCUCUUUGCAACCUGCUUCAACUCUUAUGGAGGCAUGAGAUUCCUUUUCCCAAACAUGGUCAAGUGGAUUAGUCGAGCUGGGGUCAAACUCCACACCCAGUUAGCCGAAGAGAUCAGAUCAGUCAUCCGAUCCAACGGUGGGAAUAUCACGAUGGCCGCGAUGGAACAGAUGCCGUUGAUGAAAUCCGUGGUGUACGAAUCUCUCAGGAUCGAACCACCAGUUGCUCUACAAUACGGGAAAGCGAAGAAAGACUUAGUCAUCGAGAGCCACGACGCUGCUUUUCGAGUCAAGGAAGGUGAAAUGAUAUUUGGGUACCAGCCAUUUGCGACCAAGGACCCGAAAAUAUUCGAGAGGGCUGAAGAGUUUGUGGCGGAUCGAUUUGUGGGUGAGGAAGGUGAGAAAUUGUUGAAGCACGUGCUGUGGUCGAAUGGGCCAGAGUCUGAGAGCCCAAGUAUUGGGAACAAACAGUGUGCUGGAAAGGACUUGGUGAUCUUGGUGGCUCGACUUUUGGUGGUCGAGUUGUUCCUUCGAUACGAUUCGAUCGAUAUCGAGGUCGAUUCAACGCCGUUGGGGGCUGCUCUCACCGUAACGUCCCUCAAAAAGGCCAGCUUUUGAUCACUGAUCAUGGCUGGUUCGACUUCUUUUUGAAGGGUACUUUCGGAAUUGAUAGAUGUGUUGAGUUAUUAUUUGUCGGUAAUCUCGGACCGACUAGAAAACUUUUUCCGGGACUAUUUUUUAUUUUCACUAGAAAAAAAAAAAAAAAAACAAAGG